AUGAUGAAUACAGUAGAUGAAGGAAAGAAAAACACAGAGCGCAAGAAGAUCGAUAUCAAGAAAGUUGAAAAAAAUUCCAACAAGCUAGUGACAUUCUCAAAAAGAAGACAAGGUUUAUUCAAAAAAGCCACUGAACUUUGUGUCUUAUGCGAUGUUAAUAUAGCCAUGAUUGUGUCUUCUCCUGCUGAUAAACUAUUCGCUUUCGGCCAACCCAACAUAGACAUAGUCCUCAAGAACUACAUCCAUGGAACCACUGAGUUUGAAGAUCAAGAGUCUGAAAGAGUUUCUUCAAUCUAUGAAGAGUGUGAUACGGUGAGAGAACUGACUUGA